AUUUGUCUGUUUUGUUUAUUGACAACCAAUAACACAAGACAAAGAACAGACCAGAGUGUUAAUCUGAUACUAUAAAAACUACAGGCCUUGUGAACAGCAGUGUGUCUUCUUCAAGGCUACAAAUUAAAUCAGUUUCUUUACAUUUAUCAAUACUCUCCCCAAAUGUUCUCAAGGUAGGUUGGAUUAUGAUGUCAGAUGUUCUUCAGAUUCUACUGAAUGUAUAUUCCAUAGAACCCUGCCUCCUGACACAAUAUCCUGUAUCUGCCAUAGAGCCCAAUGCUGGUUAUCACUAACAAUGAACAUAAUCAUUUGAUCAGAGAUAGGACAAUAACAAAACAACAUUAUUUAUGAAGUUAACCAGAUCUCAUUGGUGCCCACAGUUCCUACAUGAGGGAGGCUUGCGUGACAGGAGAAAUCUGAUUGGUCCUGUUUGCUCUGUAUAUAGUGAUGUAGUCCACCACACAGAACUCACCUCUCUGUUUUACACCAUAGCCUCAGGAUCAGAGUACUUACAACAUGAGACCCAGGAGGACAAGCUGAAGAGGGAGGCAUCAGCUGGUGAGCUUGAGUUGAAGAUGGAAAAAGAAUUAAAAGAGAUAUUAAGACAGGAGAUGAUGAAACAACUAGAGGAGAAAGACACACAACUGGAUGAUAUGACCCAGGAAGUGAGAGAGAAAGAGAGACUCCUGGAGGAGAAGAACCAGAUAAUGGGACAGACGGAGAAACUAUUAGAAGAGAAAGAAAACCAACUGGAAGAGAAAGACAAGCAACUAAAGGAUAGAGACAUUCAACUAGAGGCACUGAGAAAGAACCUGCAGGACAAGAACAGCCAAGUAGAGAACUUCAGAGUCCUACUGCAGGAAAAAGACCUUCAACUAGAGGACAGCAACCACAGACUGGGAGAGAAGGACAGACUACUGGAAGAGAAGGACAGACUACUGGAAGAGAGAGACAAACUACUGGAAGAGAGAGAGAACCAACUAAAGGAAAGAGACCUUCAACUAGAGGAGAGAAACUAUAGACUGGGGGAGAAGGACAGACUACUGGGAGAGAGAGACAGACUACUGGAAGAGAGAGACAAACUACUGAAGGGAAAAGAUAGUGAAAUAAAGGAGAAGCAGAUUGAACUAGGAGACAAAGACAAAAAAAUUAAGGAUAAAGACCUUCAACUAGAGGACAGAAACUACAGACUGGGAGAGAAGGACAGACUACUGGAAGAGAGAGACAAACUACUGGAAGAGAGAGACAAACUACUGGAGGGAAAAGCAAAUGAACUAAAAGAGAGGAGGCAGGAACUAGAAGAGAAAGAUAACCUACUAGAGGAGAGAGAGAAGCAGUUAAAGGAAAGAGACAAACAGGUGGAGGAUGUCAACAAUGAAAAUGCUGAACUGGCUCAACAGAUAUGUGAUGUGAAGACUGAGGUAGAGAGACUGAGAAGAGAGAUCUCAGCCCAGAUGACUGAACCUGGAGAGACGUCAGAUACAGGUUCCAUACUCCCAGUCAGGAGGAGAGACAGCAUGAAGCUUCCUCCAUUCAUGGGAGGAGAGACCUCAGAUACAGACCCCACACUUCCACUGAGGAGGAGAAACAGCAUGGAGUUACAUCCUCCAUAUAUGGGAGGAGAGAGCAGCAGUCCAGACUCCCCAGUGUCUCCCAGUGUGUCUGAGCUGAGACUGGUGCUGCUGGGGAGGACUGGGGCUGGGAGGAGUGCAGCAGGAAACACCAUCCUGGGCAGAGAGGAGUUUGGGGCCCAGGCCAGCCCCUCUGCAGUGACCCAGAGGAGUAAGAGGAGAGAGGGGGACGUGUGUGGGAGACGGCUGGUGCUGGUGGACACUCCAGACUGGUUCUGUCCUGGACUCUCUCUGGAGGAGAUGAGACAGGAUGUGGGGAUAUGUGUCCGUCUGUCUGCCCCGGGACCCCACGCCUUCCUCCUGGUCAUACCAGUGGAGCCCUCUAAGGGGGAGGAGAGAGGGGUGCUGGAGAGAAUAGAGGAGAUGUUUGGGGAGGGUUGUUGGGAACACACUGUGAUUCUAUUCACCCAUGAUGAUGUCCUGAAAGAGCAGAGCAUUGAGGAGUUUCUCCAAGCAGGAAGUCAGGACCUCCAGCAGCUUGUAGAGAAAAGUGGGAGCAGGUACCACGUCCUCAACAUUAAGGACAGGGCCCAUGGCACUCAGGUAUCAGAGCUGCUGGAUCAGGUAGAGGAGAUGGUGGCAGGAAACAGAGAGAGAUUCUACAGCAGUCAGACCUACCAGGAGGCAGAGGACCACGUUAGAGAGAUGGAGGGAAAGAUCCAGAGAGAGAGAGGAGAGAGGAAACAGAGGGAGGAGAGAGACUUGAGAGAGAGGCUGGAGAAGGAGCUGCAGGAUUCUCUGAAGGAGAAAGAUGGAGAGAUCCAGAAGCUCAAGAGAGAUAUCAGAAUUCUCAGAGAACGAAUAACAGAACUGGAGAGACAGGUGAAAGAAGAGAGGGAUGAGGAGAAGAAAAUAGAACUGGAGAGGGAGCUGAAGAGGGAGUCUGAUAGGAAGGUGGAGAUGGAGAGAAAGAUGGAGAGAUUGAAAGAGGAGAGAGAGAAUGAGAGGAGGGAGAUGGAGGAGAGACACAGACAGGAGAUAGAGGACAUGAUGGAGAACUAUGAAGGAGAGGCCAAAGUUGAUGCAGAGAGAAACCUGAUGAAGAUAGUCCUACCUGAGUUACAGAGGAACAUCAUGAUCUCACAGACAAAGAUGCAGAGGGAGUUCAGCAGACAGAUGGAGGAGAAGAAUAGACAGAUGGAGGAGAAGAAUAGACAGAUGGAGGAGAAGAAUAGACAGAUGAAGGAGAAGGAUAGAGUGAUUGUGGAAAGGGAUGGAGAGAUACAGGGACUGAUAGAUAGACUGUGGGAGAUGUGCAAAUGAGUUAUUGUAACUAGCCUGAAGAAGUGCUGGGAUACAUGGAGAGGUAGAAGAAGAGAGAGGAAGAAGACAGGGAGAACUAAUGGAGAUCUGAGGAAUGUCUGUGCAGAUGUAACCUAGUUCACCAUUUCACUGAAUUAGCCUGACAACGAGGUUAGAGAUGAGAUGACUUUUUCAUGGAGGGAUUGGAGAAGUUAGAGAUAAUCACAUGAUAUUUAUCUGACAAUGUAAGAACAACGUGAUAGUCUGUGCUGUGAUGAGUGUCAUGGUGGGAAAACAGGUCAGAAUACUGUCUGAUCCUGUCUAGAACAACGUGAUAGUCUGUCCUGUGAUGAGUGUCAUGGUGGGAAAACAGGUCAGAAUACUGUCUGAUCCUGUCUAGAACAACGUGAUAGUCUGUCCUGUGAUGAGUGUCAUGGUGGGAAAACAGGUCAGAAUACUGUCUGAUCCUGUCUAGAACAACGUGAUAGUCUGUGCUGUGAUGAGUGUCAUGGUGGGAAAACAGGUCAGAAUACUGUCUGAUCCUGUCUAGAACAACGUGAUAGUCUGUGCUGUGAUGAGUGUCAUGGUGGGAAAACAGGUCAGAAUACUGUCUGAUCCUGUCUAGAACAACGUGAUAGUCUGUGCUGUGAUGAGUGUCAUGGUGGGAAAACAGGUCAGAAUACUGUCUGAUCCUGU